GAUUUAGCUGGUGUUUCGAUUAUUGGUUUGUUUGUUCAUUUAUUUAUUUUGAGGGAGUCCUGUAGUUUUCCCUGGUUUAUUUUUAUUAUUAUUUAUCCUUUCCUGGCACUGUCGAGGCAUCUUUUCCCUUGAUAUAUACUUGAACUGCACUUGCCAAGGCAUUGGGAUUUGUUUGGCGUGCUCAUGUCAUGAGUGACCAUUAAAAUAUUCUGGUGAGAGACUGAGGAGAAUCUUCAAAUCCUACAUCUUCCUUGGCGGAUUGGGCAUGUUCAGGUUAUCAUUCCAAGCAAGUUUUGGCUUCAGGUUUUGAGAGAAGAACAGAAUUCUGCCUAGGUCGAUAAGGAAGUUGUCUCAGAGUAAAGGUGACAGGACGCAGCAACCAACAUUGGUAGUUGACUUGCAAUCUGAAACAUAUACAGAAGUCAACUGCUCUCGGCAUCAUUUCUUGGAAGAAUAGCCGAGAAUCAGGAAAACAUUCAAAUCGAUUCAAGCAGCCGACCUCAAUCAGAUACAAGGACGAUGGAGGGAUUCAUCGAUCAGUAUGAGAAAGAACCCAUGUCGAUGAAAACGGUGAUGCUGAAGCAGGAAGAAACUUUUAGACAACAGGUCCAGGAGCUCCAUCGCUUGUAUCGAACUCAGAAGAUGUUGAUGAGGGAUGCAAAACUAGAUCGAGAAUCCUGGAAACCACUUCACAGUAACUCAAGCCAGAGAACACUCGAAGACAAUGAAGACCUGAAGCUCGAUGCUGAUGAAGAGAGUGACCUGGAGUUGACGCUUGCCACGGGAAGCUACGGAACUCAUAGGAAGAAGAGAAGUGCAUCGAACACUUCAGAAUCAGGAUCGAGUUUUUCUUCUUCACCGCGUGAAUCAGGGUCUGUGAAGCACCCAAACCCUGACUGGGCAGUGCCAGAUGACUCCACGAGGAUCGGAGGUGGAAGAAAGGGCACAGUCUUCAAGAUUGAGCAAAUGAGACAUGACGGAUUACAGCAGCCUUCUUGGCUCUUUUCAUGUAACAAGCAACAUGACAUGGUAGCUUCUUUUGGAUUGUAAUAAUAAUACCACCAUAUUCAAACUCUCA